UCGAAGUCGUGUAUGUGUCUUCGAGAAACCCGGCCCGCUAAAAGCCUCACCCAUCUCCGUGCAUCAGUCUCGUUACCUGCCCAGCUGCUACGCCAAGAUUGUUUUUUUUGUUUUCUGUCUUUUCCUUUCUGGACUGUUGUUUUCUUCGUCGUCUCAUCAUGACGAGAUCCGGUGUCCAUUGCUUCUCCCUCGCUGUUCUCUGUCUCCUGAAGAUAGCCCUUGCCGCACCGGCGCCGGAGCGGUAUUUUGGAUUCGACCAGUCGGCAAUGAGAGUUUUUCGUCGAGGAGAAGCUCCUGUUAAGACUACCAGUUCAUCAAGUGCCACAGAAAUGGAGUGCCCUUAUGACGUCAUCAGCCAACCAGGCGAGUAUUUCGUCCAAUCAUCUGAGGCGAUGAUGUGCACGUGGCUAUUCCUGACUGGGCCAAGCGCUGUGGUCGAAUUAGAAAUCACGGAGCUGGACUACCCAUGCGCAGAAGAUUCAUUCGUUGAGUUUUUCGAUGGAGUCGCCCUGCAGCUUGGUGUGUUCCCGACCGAAGCUGGCCACGACUUGCCGGUUCAAGAGAGGGUCAAUAUGGUGUGCAACACCGGCAGCCGUGUGCUCUUGUCUUCUCAGAACGUUGCCAUGCUAACGUACCAGUCACCAGCCAAUGGCGGGGCAUUCCGGUUGAUAUUCAAACACAAGACCAUCCAAGCCCCUUGCAACAUCUUCAGCCCGGAUUCCUCGGGGGCUUUCACACUAAGCAACUUCAAUAAGCAGAAGAACUGCUCCUUCGCAACCAUCUACCCUGGCUACAUCAACGUGCUGCACAUGGCCGUAGGGAGAGAGACCAACGAGGCCAGACUUAAGUGCAAGGGUAUGACCGACAUGGUUCAGUUCGCUGAGGGGAACUCCCUUGAGUUGAGCAAGAUGAACAUCGAGCAGAGGAUGUGCGGCCGCACCGGGGGAAAAUCGCCAACUGGCCCCGAGGGUGCUGUCCCCUCGCCCGCUGAUGCGCUCCACGGACGGGACGGUACAGCCGCGUCACUGGUCUACAAAAAGAGGGCCCAGUGCACAUCAGGCAUCACCAUCCCACUCAUGUGCCAGAUGUCGGUGGUCAGGCUGGUGUCCAGCGGCCAGCACGAUAACUCAAUCACCUUCACGUUUACGCGGGAGACCGGCGAGAAGAAUGAGUGCGUUUCCUUCUAAAGCAUCUGGAGCAGGGAAAAGCUCGUUGGUGAUCACAUGAUUGGAGAACAUUGUACGUCACUUCACCGAGGGAUAAUUGUCCAGUCAUGUACUCCGCUUCUCAUUCUGCCCAUCGCUGCUUGUGGUAAAACAUUCCAGGGCGUGUAAUGUUAAUUGUCGUUUACAGGAAAAGGCACAGUUUCUUUCAUAUUAUAGAAAAAGGCAAUCGUUCAAUAUUUUGAUUGAGGCAUUAUUGGUGACGAAACUCGCUGUACAUACUACAGUAUAGCUGUGCAUGUUCAAAUCCUAGCGUAAUUUAUUGAAAAAGAAGAUAACAGUACUGUCAAUUUUGGAUCCAACUAUUGGAAGUCGACUCCACAACCGUCUACCGAAAUGGGAACAAAUAGAAAACCUUUUAUUUUGGUUAUCUUUAUGAGAUUGUAAUUUUUGAGUUUACUUUAAAUAAAAUUAUUGUACUGUUGAUAUCACCAUUAACAAGUAAAUAUCUGAUUUCAGGUUGUAGCCUUAAAAGUUUGCUAUUAAUUUUCCAAAAUUGGAUUUAUGUUUUUAAAAGAAUAUACUGUAAAUACGAAUACUUACUAAUAGUGGCAAGCAAGUAUGUGAAAUUAUAAUGAAAAUAAUGAGUGUAAAGCAUUUUAAAGAAUAUCACAACGAGUAGCACGUCGCCAUCUUUGUUAGUAACCCUUAGAUUGACAACUUUAUAGUUAUAUCAAUUUCGUUUUUAUUUGAUUUCUAGUUACACAAAAAAAGCUUCUUUACGAAACACGGACUUGUCCGAUGCCAUGCUAAAUGAAACCCCUAAAUACCUUGUAAAUACAUACCUGAAUUAGACAAAAGAAAAAGUAUAUUUUUUUUGCUUUAAAUAUACAAGUAGCAUUGUGUUUAGGCUCAAUAGACUGUUUGCACUGCAGCCAUCUUUGAUGUGUGCACUGCAAAAACUGUAGUGUUAAUUUAACACCAUUCGGUAUCUAUA